AUGAGUUCAGCAGUCAGCGUAAAGGUUAAGCACAAUGGCGUCAUGGUAAGUCAGAAGACGAUGGAGGGGCAAGGAUGACUGUAGUGCUAUCCUGGUGCAUAUGCUCAUCUACCUCCACGAGCGCUGCACACCAUAGCAUGAUGUCACACUGGACCCGAGCUCGCCCGCCUCGGCCUUCAAGGACGCCAUCUACCAAAAGACUGGGGUGCCAUUGGACAGACAGAAGGUCAUGAUCAAGGGCGGCAUGCUCAAGGUCAGUACUCGCUCCUGUGAUCUCGCCACAUGCUUCCUUGGCGAGCAAGAAUCGCUGAUUUUCUGGUGCGCUUCCACAGGACGAUGCGGACAUGACGAAGCUGUCGGCAAAGCCUGUGAGUGCGGAGCUUCGCAAUGCUAUCAAGGAUAUUGUGUUCGAGCAUCGCAUGGUCAUGCUGAGCUUUCCGAUCGCUCUCAUAUAAAUCGUUUACGCAGGGACAGACAUUUAUGCUGCUUGGCACGGCCGGACCGCUACCCUCAGCGCCAAAGAUGAACAUCACCUUCAUCGAAGACAUGGACGAUUCUGAGUUGGCAAAGGCGGUGAGCGGUAGCAGUCAAAGCGUGCGCGUAGUGGAGUCCACUUGCUUAGCCCAGAGCUCUCCCCCGUGCCUGUAGACGCGGACCAAGGCAGGUCUUACAAAUCUUGGCAACACUUGCUACCUAAACUCGACCUUGCAAGUGCUGAGGGCGGUGCCCGAGCUGCAAUUAGCGCUCAACAAGUGAGUGGCGGAAAAAGUGGUCAAUGCUGAGAUAAAGGCUUAUGCUCUCUAUCCUUCUUAGCUUCGCACCGGGCAUGGGGGGCGUCGAUGGCGAAUCAAAUUUAACUGCUGCUUUGAGGGAGCUGUAUAAGGCUAUGGGCUCCACUACCGAAGCUUUUCCUCCUCUAGCUUUCUUGUCGGUCAGUCUAUUUGUCUUCUGCGGCCUUUACUGUGCCCACAUAGGCUGAAAUGAUCCUAUCUGGCACCUCGAGCCUGUAGAUUCUCCGACAAGUUGCUCCACAGUUCGCAGAGAUGGCUCAAUCGUCGCAGCCUGGUAUGGGCAGUGGCGGCUAUGCUCAGCAGGACGCCGAAGAAGUAUGGGUACGCAUUCUAAAUGCUCUGCAAGCUUCGCUAGGCGGCCUGCCCGCUUCAUCCGCGGGCGGCUCCAACUCUGUGGGAAACACAAAAUUCGUUGAGCAGUUCAUGACCGGCAGGAUUACCGUCAAGUGAGUGCUUGGUCAUUCUUUGCCCAGGCGGCAUUUCGACACUUGAGCUGCAGGCAGCGCAAUUGCCGCGACUUGUCACUGACCCGCCUCGCGACGCUCCUGACACGCAUUGAUAGACGAUCCACCGCGGAGGCAGCGUCUGAAGAGCCAACAUACGGCGAGGAACCGUUCUCAGUGCUGCAGUGCAACAUCUCGUCAAGCACUAACGAAAUGACUUCUGGAAUCUUGGACGUGAGUUGAUGCGCAAGUUGGCUCUGAGAACUUGAUCACGUAUGUGCUCACUCGCUCGCUCAAUCAAUUUUACUACUCGUGCAGUCAUUGAAUCAGCAACUCGAGAAACACUCGGACACUUUGGGUCGCACAGCUGUGUAUGACGAAGUACGCCGCGUUGAUCGAUUGCCAGCGUACCUAACCACCCAUUUUGUGAGGUUCUACUGGAGGCGUGAUAUCAACAAGUACGUGCAAGAGGUCCGUGAAACUAAGCCACGUCGAAGCAACACUGAUGAUCCGCCCCGCUUGCGUGCGCAGGAAAACGAAAAUCAUGCGCAAGGUCAAAUUCCCAUUCGAUUUGGAUGUGACGCCCUUUCUCUCGGACACACUGAAAGAGAAGAUCGCGCCUGCGCAUGCGAAGAUAUUGAGUGUAGAGAAGGACAGAGACGAGAGAGCAAAGAAUCGGCGCAAAGCAAAAGCUCAGAGAGAAAAGGACGUCAAGAGUGAUGCAGCCAAGAAUGCUGAUCCAGCGUCUCUUGGCACUGCUACGAGCGGAGGAAUCGACGCGCCCGUCUCAUCUGAUCCUCGUGCGACGGACCAGACGGAGGAAAGGAUGGGCAACGCUUCUAGUACAAACGCUGUGAACGCCAAGUCCCAGCCCGGACAAGCGUUGUCGGACGAAGACGAAAGGGCGCUCAGAGCCAAAGAAGAUGCGGAUGUCAAGGCUAGCAUUCAUCCCGAUCUGGCCAAGGACACUGGGUGUAAUUACUCGGGCUUGUACGAGCUGGUCGGAGUGGUCACGCACAAAGGCGCGGCCGCCGAUGCCGGACACUACAUCAGCUGGGUCAGGAAGGAUCUUGAGAGCGACGAGGAGGCGUUGCAACGAAUCACGGAAAAGCCAGACGAGCAAGAAUGGUACAAAGUGAGUGCGAGACUCGCCGCUCGCAGGCGACGUGCUCUUGCUUGGCAACCAAAGAUCGCUGCUGACCACAUUGAUGAAAACAGUUUGACGACGAUAGAGUCUCCACGGUCAGCAAGGAUAAGAUCCGAGCGCUUGACGGCGGAGGCGAAGGUGAGUUCUGAUCGAUCUUAGGUGCGUGGUUCAGAUUUUGGCUGACGUGCGCGGGGAUGACUGCCACUUGUCGAUUUCAGACUCGGUAGCGUAUAUCCGUAAGUGACAAGACAGCUUUUUGAAACAUUGCAGAUGUAGUGGCUUUGCUGACUCUUUGGCCUUGCAAUAUCUCCAGUCCUUUAUCGCUCCAAAAAGUGA